CGCUAGUACGAACGAUAACAAGAGUUGACGGGUGCCGUGGAUGUCGACGCCGGCGGCGGCGUGUGCCGGUGGUCACCCACCACAGGAAGACUUGUGGAUGCCGCCGCCAGAUCCGAAUGACGCGCCGUUGACGCCAUCCCCAGCCACGCCAUCCCUCGACCUGCCAAACGCGGCCGACGUGUCCUCGGCCCCGCCACCCCACGCCACCCCAACAAAACGACCCUCCACACCCGACAACCCCAUCGAAGCCGCGCCCGAGUUCCGUGGCACCAUCGUCACCAACUACCCCAUCCUGCCACACAUCCACGCAACGUACACGUUUGGUCCGUCGAUUGGCCAUGGAGCGCACUCGGUCGUGUACGCCGGCCUGGACAAGACGAACGGAUGUGCCGUCGCGAUCAAGGCCAUCUCGCGCCACCACCUGGACCAGUUUUACCUGGACGCGUUGGGCCACGAAAUCGAAUUCCUCCACCAGCUCCGCCACCACCCGCACAUCGUCACACUGCACGCCGUGUACGCUGACGCAGACCAGUACUAUCUUGUCACCGAGUACCUGGCAGGGGGCGAGCUCUUUGACCGCAUCGUCGAGCAGGAGUACUACAGCGAAAGCGAAGCGCGGACGAUCGUGCGGCUGAUUCUCCAAGCGCUCAAGCAUUGCCAUGACCACGAUAUCGUGCAUCGCGACCUCAAGCCGGAAAACAUUUUUUUGGGGUCGGCGACCGACCACACGUCGGUCAAGAUCGGCGACUUUGGAUAUGCCGCGACCGCGACCGACCUCACGUUGACGACGUCGUGCGGCACGCCAAGCUAUGUCGCGCCCGAGAUCUUGCUGCAUCUUCCGUAUGGCAAGCCCGUCGACGUGUGGAGCGCGGGGGUGAUUACGUUCAUCCUCUUGGCGGGGUACAUGCCGUUCCACGGCACCACCCAAGUCGAGCUCUUUGCACGCAUCAAAACCGCCGACUACGACUGCCCGGACGACUUGUCCGCGGACGCCCAGGACUUCCUGACCAAGAUGCUCGUCGCCGCGCCGUCGGAGCGGUACACGGUCGACCAGCUCCUGAGCCACGUGUGGAUUACCGGGUCCGUUGUCCCGACGUACCCGCUCGCCAAGACCCGCGACGAGCUCCGACGAUUCAAUGUCCGGCGAAAGCUCCGAGCGUCUGUCCGCGCGGUCCAAGCCACCGAUACGUUCGCGAAGGUCCACAAGGUGCACACGGACGGAGUAGACGACUGCGUGGAUCACCACGCGGCGUUCCUCGAGCUUCCGACAACUUUCGUCGUUUCAAAGGACACCACGCCCCACCUGCCGUCCGCGCGAAGUUGGUUUCGAUCGAUGCGGGUGCAUCCCAACUGCUAACACGUGCCGUGUGCCUCAUAUCUCGCACCAGGACGCGCGACUUUCGAUGCGACCUCGUCAAACGACAUGGAGCGAGGUUGGUGG